UUUGCCCCACUCCUUCGUUUAAUUUGCCUCCAAUGGACCAGGACUUCUCUGUACAUUAAGACGUCAACGUUCCAUCUAGCUGCAGGUGAUUGUGUUCAUCCACCUGCAGCUCUUGAGAUGGCAUCGUCGUUCCGGAAGAGGCACGUGCCUGUAAGGUCAGGUGGUUUGGUAUCUAGUGAACCAAAGUCAGCCAAGCAAGAACUACCUAAAGGAGUGCGUCCAUCGCCUAUCGAUGGUCGAUCUACCACUUCCACAGGGACACGCUCUUUGGAUGGCUUACUGGCGGGUCAUGCUGGGUUGGCUUUGGGUACUUCUCUUUUGGUUGAGGAGAGCGGGACGACUGAUUUUGGUGGCUCUUUACUUCGUUACUACGCAAGUGAAGGUGUUGUGCAAGGCCAUCAUGUUCAUGUUCUGGGCAUGAAUGAGGUGUGGGGAAGAGACUUACCAGGUUUGGUUGAGGCAGUGUCUCGAAAGACUGCGCCUGUCGAGGUUGUCAAUGAACGUGUCCUGUCUGGGACAAUUGAGGGCAAUGAAGAUGCAGGUUCUGGGACUAUCGGUCCAGGUACAAAGCAAGUUGCUGAUGGAAGUGGUAGUGGAGCGGGAGAGAAAAUGAAGAUCGCCUGGAGAUAUGAAAGGCUUGGGGAGUUCGGACCAAAAGGACCGUCUACUUCAAGCUCAGGGGAAGUAUUUUGCCAUGACUUUGAUCUCAGCAAACGUCUGGUGUUGCCUUCUCCAUCCCUUAUGUACUUUGUUCCCUCAACAGCCAAGCCAGACUUCGAAUUUAGAGGCGGGAGCACCUCUGCAUCUCCUUUCAACAGAUUCUUGGACCACCUUAUCACGCAUCUAUCCGCCUCUCCCAGCACGGCACUUCACCGCGUUGUUAUUCCAAACCUCCUUUCUCCAGCACUCUAUUCGUCUGAAGUUUCCAGGCCAGAGAGUAUUCUGCAGUUCCUCCAUGCUUUGAGAGCUCUGAUACGAAAGUACUCGACACAACUUACAGCAAUGAUCACUCUUCCCCUAACACUCUACCCACGGAGUACAGGCUUGACUCGGUGGAUGGAACUAUUGAACGAUGGCGUUCUCGAACUUGCCCCGUUCCCAUCAACAGCAAUUGCUACCAAAAGCACACCUGGAGCUUCGACUGUCCAUGAAGAGCCGCCACAGGGAAUGUUGAAGAUCCAUCGAUUGCCGAUUUUCCACGAAAAAGGGGGUGGCGGGGGAGAAGCGAGUGGACAUGGCGAUGAUUUGGCAUUUACGUUAAGCAGGAGAAAAGGUCUUGUCAUCAAGCUUUUUAGCUUGCCGCCUGUUGAGGGAGACUCGGAAGCUCAACAAGGUGGACUUGAGCAUGAUCACGGGAAGGCGACGAAAGUUGAUAUUGAGUUUUGAGCUCGAGGACGCGAAAGUUUGGUGCCCGUUAUCAGGAUGCUGGACAUGGACGAUGUUGGCUCUGGAGUUUGGGGGAAAUGUGGCGCAUGGAAUAGA